AGAACUUGUGUUCCGCUACUUGCGUUGAAAAUUGUCAUAUCGAUUUCGUGAUUGUCGCGUCUCAUUUCGUUGCUGGCGAAAGGAAAUAAGAAAGACCAUCUGCAUUCGGCAUAGAUUCUGUACCAACAAAUUCCUUCUAGUUGUGUCGUCCUCGUGAAGUAAUUCUCCCGUUAGGGCAGUAGUGCAAAGAGAAGUUCUCGAAGAACGAUACCACCCGCUAACAUUGUGUGCUUUUGCGUGAGGUUAAGCGGAGCACCCUACUGACAGCGCACGAACACACACACACACAUACACGCAGACCGCAGAAAGGCCCCUUGUCGCUGUAGCAGCCCACUGUCAAAUUUCUCGCUAGAUUCAAUAUAGGAGGAGGCGUACAGGCCGGGGCUAACACAGCCAGUAAAGGAUACACGGUUGGUGCACGCAAGAAAAGUCUGGAAACGCGCUCCACUGUACACGGCACACGUACACGAGCACGGUCAAGCACACACACAUACUUAAACCCGUAGCAAGCAGUGUUUUUCGCCGUCCGUGUGAAUAAUAGCAGACGGACAAGGGAGCCCCCUUUGUGUCGCUCGCGUUGCGUGUGCGUGUGUGUCUGUCGCUGUGUGGAAAAGAAGGGAAGUUAAACAAAUAUGGCUGCUCUGCCCCGUAGAAUAAUCAAAGAAACGCAGCGCCUGAUGCAAGAACCCGUCCCCGGCAUCAGUGCCAUACCGGACGAACAGAAUGCCCGUUACUUUCACGUAAUCGUGUUCGGUCCAGAGGAUUCGCCGUUCGAGGGCGGUCUGUUCAAGCUGGAGCUGUUCCUGCCCGAGGACUAUCCGAUGUCGGCACCGAAGGUGCGUUUCAUCACAAAGAUCUACCACCCAAACAUCGACCGUCUCGGCCGGAUCUGUCUAGACAUACUGAAGGACAAGUGGAGCCCGGCGCUGCAGAUUCGCACCGUGCUGCUGUCGAUUCAGGCACUGCUGAGCGCACCGAACCCGGACGAUCCGCUCGCGAACGAUGUGGCCGAGCUGUGGAAGGUGAACGAGGCGGAAGCGAUCCGGAAUGCGAAGGAAUGGACGCAACGGUACGCCAACGUCGACAACUAGAUGCUGAUUAACCAAUUUUCCUUAAAACUACAAACACACACACACACAGAAUAACUUUUUUUAAGAAACAAAACGCAAAACAAAUUGUAAUUGUGAGCGGGCGGAUUUAACAAGUACGAGCGUACCCGCAGCAACAGAAACCAGCAGCCUCAGCAACAGCAACAGCAGCAGCAACAACAGCAGCAACUUUCCAGCUCCAGUUAUCAUCAAUAAUCCUCCCUUUGCCGAGUGUGUCCACAGAGGCAGAGCAAAACACUCUGUGGGAAAAGAAAUAAAAGCUUGUGCGUGUGUAUGUGUGCAAGUAUGUGCGCGUGGUGUGUGUGUAUCCAAUAAUUUGCGUGUGUCUGGAGGAAUUUAUAAAAAUUAGACAGCAUCAUCCAAGUAGCCGCUAAAUGAACUGUCAAACAUCUUAACCGCGGAACUAUAAAAACAGAAAUAGAAGAGCCCACGACAUAACGAACGAAGAAUUAUCUCCUGCUGCAGUUAGUAGACGGUGUGUGAUAGCCUUCGAGCAUUAGCUGCGAACCACGCGGCGGCACUUCUAUGCCGUACGAGCUUGUUUUCGCGUCAACAUUAAGUACACGUGAAUGCGUGCGUGCGUGCGUCCGUCGUGCUGCCGCACACACACACACACACACACAUAAUCAACAACAGUAUAUGGACAAGCAGUAACAAUAACUCAUAACAACGCUCGACUCCCUAUGCGAUGGGAAGCCUCACACUACUAGCGAAACAAUGGCAUCGGUGGCGGUGGCGCGAGGAAAUGUUCACCUUAAGAUGGCUAAUUGCAGCUUAAGAAUGAAGCAAAAAACAUAAAAUUUCCCAACGACUACAACAUGUUGUGGGCAGUGUCAAAGAGGAGUAACAAUUAUCAGCUGGAAAUUCAACAAAGGUGAACAACGAGUGGUGCUGUAUCUGUUAAUCAGGAAUGGGCAGGAACCAAGUCGAAAAUUUAUUGCUGUCAGCUGUGCUUAGAUAUCAAUAAAAUUUAAAGUGCUAGUACCCAAUGAAUGAGAAAUGGCCGCAAACCAUCAAUCGAUCGAGCGAACGACGGGAUAGGUUGAAGAAAAAGUAGACUAAAAAGAUGUGUCAACAUGCAAUUUUCACCAAGUCACGAUAACGGCAACAUCGUUCCCGUUUUUUUCGUUCCUCUUACCUUACCGAUUGUAUCUGUAACGUGAAGUUACUUGAUUAGCUGUAGCUCGAAUCUUCUAGCAUAUUACGGGUUUUAUCGGUUGAAUACAGCUUCGACAGUAGACAUUUUCUCCACUAUUCUUCUCUUCAAUACGAGCAUCAUUAUUUUGUUUGGCAAGUUUGCUAAAUUGAAAACAUUUGCGAUAACUCAAGCAUAACUCAACAUUUUAGGGCGAUUUUGCUUUAAGUAGAAUAGCAAACGAAAGAACGUCCAGAAAAAAAGGAUUAAAUUACAGUUAUGGCAACAUAAAAGAAACGCCAUUUGCAGUGAUCUAGGAGAAGAAAAAGGAAUAAACGAACUAACCAAAAGUGCUGCCUCCUGACACUUUUUAAAUGAUUUAAAACAAAAUACUUCAGUCAAUGCCGCAGCUUGAUAUUCUGCAUGAUUGCACAUGCCCCAACACAAACAUACCACGGUUACAAGCACGUACAAUUAGUUCAGUUAUUGAUGAAUAGCUGCUGCAAGUGGAACGAAACAAAAAAAAAGUUGGCGCGUACUGCUGUAACACUUUCGAAACAACUCACUGCAAACGCAUUAUAAAAACAACUCGUUCGUGAAUUGGUAGGUCAAACGGAAUUUAGAAUAUCACUGUAAGAAGGGACGCGAAUGUACUGAUAGGAAACUGAGGAGGAAAAAGGGAACUGUGAGAUAAUUUACGAACUGAAAAAAUGGUAAAGCACACGUACGAACAACAUCUAUAGAAGAAGGGGAACGGGAAUGAGUACGAGGAUAGAAGCCCAUUGUGCUAUCGUAUGAUAUAAGAGAAAGUAAUUAUGAUCACCAAGAAACGGCAUUCAAUUCGCAAAAACAAACUCUAUUUCACAAACUACACUAAAAAACAAAAAAGAACAAACAAAAAAAGAAAGAAACACGCAAACACAUUCUACGGAAAACAAACAGUUGUAUAUUAGAAUGAGGAUUAUAAAUAAUUGAAUGAAAAACUAAA